UUCCAUUUAGCUUCUUCAUAAAGUCGGAGCACACCGGGGCUCUCUUCGUCAACAAGACAGCCGAAGUCGAGUACGUGAACGAGGCGGGGUGCGCGUCCGCCUGCCUGUAUGCACACGAGAUCCAUUGCGAGGCCUUCGAAUACGACUUCGAAAACGAAGAAUGUUACCUCGUCUCGUCCGAUGACGUCACGAAUGGCGUCAACGUGACCGAGCAUAAAGAUUCACAUUAUUAUGAUAAAUUAUCGGGUCCAUGCCCAAAUCCACCUGUUGGUCUAGAGGAUGGGACCAUCCCACUUUCUAGUAUCUCCAUGUCGUCAUACAUGGGCGGGGAAGAAAAUGGACCAAUCGACAUCUCCAAAGAUCACGUGAGACUAAACUCGCCCGGUGGUUGGUGCGCUGAUGAAGCGGCGGAUAUCAACAAUAUCACUGAGUGGAUACAGGUUGACUUCAGUGAGCCCAAGAUGAUCGGUGCCGUAUCAACACAAGGUUUCAACCAUCCUGAUCUUGCUAGCAUCUACUGCUCACAGUAUUAUCUGUCAUAUCGGUUCACCGAUAACACUACCGAUACCGACUGGGUCGUCUAUGAAGAGAGCGGUAGUACGAUGAUGUUCGAUGGUAACGCCAAUAGUAAUGGCAUAGUCAACAACACAUUGGCGACACCUGUGAAAGCUACCAGUAUCAGAUUGCACCCGACUGAGUGUCAGAAUCAUCCCUGCAUGAGACUCGAGUUUUACGGCUGCCGAGUCGACUGUGAACCGAACCCGUGCAAUCACGAGGACGCGACCUGUACUGAUUCAAGCACGUGGGUGUGGAAUGUGACAUGUGACUGCCCAACAGGAUUGUCAGGUGACUUCUGUCAGGUGGACUAUGCCGAGUGCGCAUCAAAUCCCUGCCAGAACAAUGGGGAGUGUGUGGACGGCGUCAAUCGCUACACCUGCGACUGCGCAGAUGGGUUCGAAGGCACCCAUUGUGGAACCAACAUCGAUGAGUGUUCAAGCGAUCCAUGCCAGAACGGCGGUACGUGUGAAGACGGUGUCAAUGGCUACGUAUGCAUCUGCGUGGAUGGCUGGGGUGGUGGGGACUGCGAAGACUACGAUGUUGUCUGCAACGAGGGCUACUUUGCUGGCCUCAACUCCUGCUACAUGCUCGAGCUCACCAACACCACCACCUACUACUGGGCGGAGCAAACCUGCCGAUCCAUCAGAGGGCAUCUCUUGUUCCCCAGCGACAGCGAGGAGCAGAGCAUCGUUUCCGGUAUCCUCAAUGACCAGGGGGUCUCCAGCGGGGUCAAGCUGAUGACCGGGCUGAAGUACGACUCCGGAGACGACUCGUUGGCGUUCAGUGAUGGCUCUGGUAGUCCGUCCUUUAACGGAUGGGAGUCCUCAAGUCCUUCUGGUAACAAGGAAUGCGUUGCUAUGGUAGAAGAGGGGUCUUCGUGGGUAUGGGAGAAUGUGGAUUGUACAUCGGACAGGGCUUACAUCUGUGAACAAGAAAAAGCUCAUGGUGGCUUCUCUGAGUGGGGCAAGUGGGAGGAAUGCAGCGUUGCGUGUGGACCCGGUGAGGGUUAUCAGGUCCGGCGCCGCACCUGUACCAACCCCGCCCCUUUUAUCGGAGGAGAUGAUUGCAUGGGAAACUACACACAGAACACAACAUGCGGGACUGUGUGUCCCAUUGUUGAGUGUCCACCUGGUUUCAUCACCAACUACGAUACUUGCUACCUCCUCCAAGUCAACGAAACAGCCACGUACGACGACGCUAAAGCCGACUGCCAGAACCUGACCAUCUACGGCGGCCAUCUAUUCUUCGUUAACGAUAUGGACGAGGAAACGUUCCUUUCCGACAUCCUCGCCGAAUACUACGCCGACGACUCCCUCAAGUAUUUCACGGGAAGCAAGAUCCAUGUGACCUCCGGCAAUGUGACCUUUCACUGGGAGUACGGGUCGUCAAGCGAGGGGGUGAACCUGACUUCGUGGGAGGUGGCUGGGGGUUCGAUGUGGUCCGGCGGGUCGGCUGAUACCAGCGAUACGGACAAUGAGUGCGUUCUCCUGGAGAAGUCUGGGUCAACAUGGAAAGCUGUCAAUGAAGAGUGCUCACAAAGCCUCGGCUAUGUUUGCGAAGUGAAUCUAGGUGAUGGGAACUGGGGGGCGUGGCAUCCCUGGGGAGAAUGUAACUCCACCUGUGCGAGGGCACACCAGACCAGGGUCCGCCUCUGCGAUGAUCCCGCCCCCGUCCUGGGCGGGGCUAACUGUACCGGUAUCUCGGAGGAGACAAGAGUAUGCGCAGGAGCCUGCCCCUCUGUGACCUGCCCGGACGGGUUCCACGUUUUCGGUGAAAGCUGCUUCAAGGUGAUGGACUACAAUGUAGAUUUCACUGACCAGGACUCUGCCAUGGAAGCCUGCAUCUCACUGACCAAUGACACCGGUCAUCUCGCUUAUGUCCAAUCAUCCGCCGAACUGGAGUUUCUUGGAUUCAGGCUGGAGGAGUCGUUGUUCGGCAACAAGAGGGCGCCGGUCUACGUCGGACUGACGCACGACAGCGGAGACCUGUACUACGCCAACGGCACUGUGAUGGUGAAUGUGACAGGAUGGAACACUGAGGAAUUGUGGGAAACAGACUAUCCGUCGUCUAAUGACUGGCAGUGUGUGGCGAUGUUUUACGAUGAGGACCGUCAUCAGUGGCUAUUACGUGACAUCCCGUGUUACAGAGAACUGGGGUACAUCUGCGAGAUCACACAGACUGCUGGUAACUGGGGCCCCUGGUUAGGUUGGAGUAUGUGUGAUACAACCUGUGGCAACGGCACCCAGGUCAGGAAGCGACUUUGUGACGAUCCUCCGUCGAUACUCAACGGAACAGCUUGUGUAGGAGAUGGCAAUGAAGCAAGGGCGUGUGCAGGGCCUUGCGACGUUGUAAACUGUCCAUACGGCUUUGAUGUCUACCAUGACAGCUGCUACAAGUUCUUCGUCAACGAAACCGAACAUGACACGCUGGACAACGCAAACGUCACCUGCAAGAUUCUAACGAACGACACCGGUCGGGUGGUCCGUGUGGACAGCUACGAUGAACAAUUCUUCCUGAACUGGGGGCUAAAGGAUCGUGCUGUAGGCCAUGGGAACAGGGUAUUUGUCGGGCACACGUACGAUAGCUCUAGUUCGACGAUGCUCUACUAUGGUUCGUCUGGGAGUGGUCCUUCAAGCUCAGAGUGGCCUGGUGGUGAUUGGUGGGCUAGUGCUUACCCAAGGAAUGUCGCAAGCAAGGAGUGCGUUGCGCUAGUUUAUAAUUACCCAUCUCAGGAAUGGCUGUUUGGCGAUGUUUUCUGUACGGAUCAGUAUGGAUUCAUCUGUGAGAUCCCACAAACUCCCGGUGGAGUAGGGGAGUGGGGUCCCUGGAGCCAGUGCACAGACAGCUGUGGGAGCGGUACUCAAAUACGGACCAGGGAGUGUGACAACCCCACCCCCGUCCUUGAUGGCCAGUUCUGUCAAGAUAGCCUCAAUGACACUAGAUCCUGCGUAGACAGGUGCCCUGUUGUCGAAUGCCCUGAUGGCUGGAUAACAGGACAUGACAGCUGUUACAAACAGGUUCUGGAUAGUAUGGCCGACUACAGCAAUGCUAAUCAUUCAUGCACCAUGAUGACCAAUGAAACGGGACAUCUUCUCUACAUCAAUAACCAGACCGAGCUGGAUGAGGUGAGCUGGUUAUUCAAGAAGCGCGGGGAAUCCGAGAGCAUUGAGUACCUGACCGGUCUCCUGUACGAAUCCAGCACCCUCUCCUUCGACGACGGCAUUGGAGCUCCCGACGCGACAUCUUGGAGGACCCUAGAGGGCGCUCCAUGGGUCAAGAAUUAUCCCGUCGGUGCAGGAACAUGCGUCGGAUUGGCGUACAAUGAUAAAACGUGGGAAUGGAGGCUGAUUAACGUUGCCUGCGAUGAUUCGAUGGUUUACAUCUGCGAGAUCACACAGACCGAUGGUAACUGGGGCAGCUGGGGCGACUGGUCUUCUUGUAGUCAGACUUGUGAUGAGAGCGCUAACAUGGGGACCAGGCAUAGGAACAGGACCUGCUCAGACCCAGCCCCAAUCCUGGAAGGGGACUACUGUGAAGGGAACAAGACCGAGUACGGAGCAUGCGGCUCACAAUGCCCUCCAGUCCAUGGUAACUACUCAGACUGGGUCAACGGCGAGUGCAGCGUCUCCUGCUACUCUUGGGACAGCAACGGGACUAGGUACGGAGGGGUCCUGAACAGGACCAGGAACUGUACCAUCCCGAUGUACGGUGGGGAUAACUGUACAGAUCUGGGUGAUCCCUUCGAGACCGUGAGCUGUGGUACUGAAGAUGGCAACGCCUGCCCAGCGAUUGAUGGGAACUGGGGAGGUUGGAGUAACUGGACCGGUUGUAACGUGACGUGUGGUAGUGGGUACAAGAACAGGACCAGGUCUUGCGAUAGUCCUAGUCCAGACCAUGGAGGAGCUGACUGUGAAGGCGAUGAUACAGACCUGCUCUCAUGCACCAAAUUACCUUGCGCAAUUGAUGGUAACUGGACGGAGUGGACAGCCUGGUCAGUAUGCAGUCAGACUUGUGUCGGAGGAAACCAGUAUCGGAGCAGAGAGUGCUCUAACCCUACCCCUAUGUACAAUGGAACAGAGUGCUCAGGAGACGAUGUUCAGUGGCAGAACUGUAGCACCAAUGUCACUUGUUCCGUUCACGGUGGUUGGUCUGAAUGGAGCGCCUGGUCUACCUGUAGCCUGUCCUGUGGGGGUGUCGGGACCACCGCAAGAAACAGGUCCUGUACUAAUCCCUCACCGGCUCAUGGGGGUGAUUCAUGCCCUGCUGGCGAGCCCUCUGAGGAGAGUGAAGUCUGCGGGAAUUUUGAAUGUCCAAUCGAUGGUGAUUACAGCAGUUGGGGAUCCUGGUCAGACUGUUCCAUUAACUGUGGAGAGGGAGGGGUAAUGUAUCGCUACCGGGCAUGUGAUAACCCUGAACCUCAGUACGGUGGCUUGGAAUGUGACCUCGAUGACCUCUACCUCAGACAGGCAUGUAAUGCAACGGUCAACUGCACAGCUGAGAGAGAGGAUUUCUACCAGAACAAGACCACCUCACAGAGCAGUACGGCAUCUGGUGGUGAUUCUUAUCGGGCUGUGGACAACGACUUGACCUCUAACUUCUCCAGCGGCUCCUGCAUUGAGACCAACGUGGAGAGCGCCCCCUGGUGGCAGGUUGACCUGGGUGGGGUCUAUCAGGUCCGAUCAGUAUCCAUCUACGUCAGAACCGAUGACUGUAUUGAUUGCACCUGGACUCUUACUCCUUUCGUGGUCCGGCUCGGUGUCAGUUCCACACCCAAGGAGAACAUGCGGUGCGGAAACAUCGUGGAUUCUAACGCAUCGUCUACCUAUGAUGUGAACUGUGACCCCAUGGCUGGAAGAUACCUCAGUAUUCAGAACGUUGCUGACACAGAGACCUCUCUUUCUUUCUGUGAGGUUGUAGUCCACAUCGGAUCCAACGCCUAUUUUGAUGGAUCAUCCAACGUCACCUUCGACGACGCCCAGACCCGGUGCUACCAAUACGGGGCGGAGCUGGCCACGCCCGAUGACCUGCUGGACAUGUAUGACAGUGGAGACGAGUCCUGCGAUUGGGGAUGGGCGUCUGACGGAUCAGUGAAGCGUGUCGUUCAGUCGUCGACCGAAUGUAGUGCAAGUGCUAAUAGUUCAGGGGUGAUGGACAAAGGCGCGUCUGCUCAAUCUGGAGAAUGGGGCGUAUACUGCAUCCAGAGAAGUGAAGGAAUUUCUCUUAUUGGGCAACUAUUCAGUCAGAUCAGCUUCAAUGCCUCAUCAUCACAACCGGACAUGGGCCCAUCCAAUGCUGGUGUUUAUAAUGAUAAUAAUACAAUGGGAUGGGUACCUGCAAACUCUACAAGUGAUGGAGAAUGGUUAGAGAUUGAUUUUGGGCAGUAUGUAGCACUGACAGGUAUGGACACCAGAGGGCGCCCUUGCUGCGAUGGUUAUGUCACCGGUUACUACCUCAAGUACUCCAGUGACGGGGUUAAUUGGAGCUACUAUGGAUCUGGAGCGACAAAGCUUAUUCAAGGCAACAUGGAUAGCACUUCUGUAGUUCGUCACAGCCUGGAUCCCGUAGAGGGUGUACGUUAUGUCCGGGUGGAACCAAAAACUUGGAACACAGCAAUCUCUUUCAGGGCUGCCUUCUAUGGAACUGUCCAACCAGUGAAUGGGGAGUUCAGUUCCUGGGGAGAAUGGGGAUCCUGCUCCGUUGCUUGCGAAGGAACAGGAACAAAAGAGAGGACCAGGUCCUGUGAUAGCCCAGCCCAACAAGGAACUGGUCUAAGGUGCCAAAAUAAUGAAUACAUGGAACAAAUACUAGAUGAACCACUCCAUUUCUUUGGGAAGCAGUCAAACAGACAACUAGGAGCGGACCUCACCGUCUCUUAUUCCGUUACCACCGCGAUAGAGUGCGCCACCUUGUGUGCCGUCGAGGAGAGCUUUGAUUGUGAAUCGUUUAACUUUGGCUCGGGUUCAGGAGAUUGUGUUCUCACCAACACCUCAAAUUCGUUUCAUGAUGAGCCACUAAGUGUCACCUUAGGCUAUGACUACUAUGAAUUAGACUACUCCUCUUGCAACAUUCACCUCAUCGUUUCUAAGGCGAGGGGCAACACCCCUGGCGACGGUAUCUACUCGGUCAAGAUCGGCGCAAACGUGAAUGAUGUCUACUGUGACAUGACUAGGGAUGGUGGGGGAUGGACUCUUGUUCUCACUCAAGCAAGUGCUAGUGGCUGGUCCGCUUUAACCACAGUAUUACGCAAUCUGAACAGUCCUUCGCUCACUUCUGACUAUUCCAUCCUCUCGAAGGCUGACACCAUCAAGGACUCUGGAAAUGGGAAUACCUUUAAGUAUCGUUUGGAGUCUAUUGAGAGAGGGCGAUGGGGUGGCAUAUGGGAGGUACCCGCCAACUACAGCUUCACAAACAGCGACAACUCUCAGGCCUCUACCCUGGUUGAGAUGUUCGAUGCCUGGCGUGCGGACAACUCCUCUCUGCAGCACGUCAUGCCCUGGCUCACGUCCGACGAUCACGCCCUUCUCCGCGCUCACAACAACACGGGCACCACGUCAAACUGGGCGGGGACCGUCGUCUGUGACUGCGCCAACCUGACCUGGAGUCCAUACACCAGCUGGUGGUCUGCGGACGAGGAGCCCACGACCUUUGCGCCAACUACAACCGUGGCUGCAACUACAACCGUGGCAGCUACAACGAUGGAUGCUGCUACAACGACGGCUGCAACUACAACCGUGGCUGCAACUACAACCGUGGCAGCUACAACGAUGGAUGCUGCUACAACGACGGCUGCAACUACAACCGUGGCAGCUACAACGAUGGAUGCUGCUACAACGAUGGCGGGAACUACAAUGUCAGGGGGGACGACGCAAUCAGGAGGAAGUCGCAGGAAGCGUGCCGUAGACGCGGCCAGAGAGGGAGACGAGGACUUUGAAGAUUUCAAGAAUGUCUACCGGAUCGGACAACAGGACAUGAAGAAACUUGAGAAUGUUCUGUUGUCCAGAAGAAGGAGGUCUACUGUAGUCACAUUUGGCACUGUGUGGUACUGGCUACGAGAAGAUCACCAUGAUUUUACACCAUCAAUGGAAUUUGAUAUGAGUGGACGCUGCGGCUACGACACAGACAUCAAGAGUUGUAAUGAUCCUUGCUCCGAGAAGGUUGUGCCUGCCACCCACGGCACGAUGACUGGAACUCUGAAAGUCAAUCCAACUCUGGCAGUGGCAAGAGAUGGAGCGGAACACAGGUGUGCUGUCUCUCUCCACCAGAACUACGUCGAUCUCGGAGACCAGACCGAGUCUUGCCUCUACGACCCCACCCUCUGCAAGCAAGGCCUGACACUUUCCUUCUGGACGAAACUGACACCAGAGGACACCGUCGACGAAACGACCGCCAUCAUCAGCUCUGCAGGAGUGGAGGUGUCAGUGUCCAGAGAUUCCUCAGACCUUCAGCUCAACGUCGCCCUCAUCGAUGACUUCUAUUACAGUCUGUCCAACGACAGCAUCCCGGAGUCGGAGUGGUUCCAUAUGAUGAUUACCUACAAGAGAGGCAACGGCUUGCAUCUCUACCUGAACGGGGACCUUGCCACAAGCCAGGACACCUCGAGCACGGCUGCACCAGCCCUCAGCGAGUCCCUCACCAAUGUCUAUCUCGGUGGGGACUAUGAGAAUGCUACAACAUCUGCUUAUGAUGUGGACGUGGUACUCAGCGAUCUGCAGAUAUUCUACCGGCGAUUCUCCACCAUAAAUGCCAGGAACUUCUUUUAUCCUGGAUCCAACGCUGAUUCUCAAAUAGGAACGUGUGGAGAUAAUCCCUGUCCAGUGCAUGGAAACUGGACCGCCUAUGAGGACGUCGGCACCUGUUCCGUGGAGUGCGCUAGCGACGGUGUCAUCGAGCAGUGGAGGAACUGCUCAAACCCCACCCCUCAACACGGUGGCGAUGAUUGCGUUGGGGAGAGCACGAGGUACACCAGCUGUGCAGGACUAGCAUCAUGCUCAGAUAAUGAAGACUCAGGACUUGGCAUGGAGGCUGGAAACAUAACUGACUCCUCCUUGACGGAGUCUGAAUGCUCGGCCAGUAACGACUCCUGCGCAACAUGGGCGCGGCUUAACGACGCUGACUCCUCCCACUGCUGGAUGCCCCCCAAUGGCACGGAGGGGGUGUGGCUUCAAAUUGAGCUGCAGUACCCCGUCACUCUGAAGGGUGUGGCCACCAGCGGGCGCCCUUCGGAUGACAGCUACGUGACGGAGUAUGAUGUCAUGUACAGCACGGAUGGGGAAGAGUGGUAUUAUGUGAUGGAAGGCAAUAGUUUAAAGGUGUUUCGAGGUAACUACAACAAUACCAACGUAGUGCGCCAUGACGUCAAUGUCUCGGCCGAGGUCAGCUAUGUCCAGUUCCUACCAACUUCCUGGAACGAUGCAGUCUGCAUGAGGGUUGAACUCUAUGGAGUAUACCUUCCAGUUGAUGGAAAAUAUAGCCGCUAUGGUGACUGGUCGGAGUGCAACGUGACCUGUGGGGGCGGUAUACAGUUCCGCAAUCGGACAUGCGACAAUCCCAGUCCAAAGUUCGGUGGCCAGGAUUGCCAGGACCCGGACACCAAAUCUCAAGAAUGUAGCACCAACAACUGUCCAAUUGAUGGUGAUUGGGGUGAAUGGAGCAGCUGGGACAACUGCAGUGUGACCUGCGGGGGUGGGGUGCACUACCGGAACCGUACCUGUACCAACCCCGCCCCCAAGUAUGGUGGAUCAGACUGCUCGGGGGCGAGCUCGGAGGUACAGAGCUGCAGCAACAACAACUGCCCAAUUGAUGGAGCUCUGUCGGACUGGUACGACGUGACCAACUGCUCGGUAAGCUGCGGUAGCUUAGGUACUCUCAGGCAAGAGAGGGAAUGCACCAACCCUAAACCUCAGUAUGGAGGGGACUUCUGCCAUGGUCCCAGGCAACAAUGGGUCUCCUGUAAUGCAGGCACAGACUGUGACAGUAACACUGACUAUUCAUUGGAGGUGUCUGAUGCAACUAAUUCGGACAUUCGGCUUUCUGCGUCGUCCAAACUCAGUUCUACUCUGGCGCCCUCUAAUGCCAGACUGGGUGCCUCGGACACCAAUUCAGCAUGGACACCAGACGAUGAUGAUGAUAAACCCUACUUGGAGAUCAUGCUACCAGACAUAGUCAAUCUAAACCGAGUAGCGACCGAGGGACGACUGGGCUCCGACGAUUCCAAGAGCUGGGUAGAAACCUACUACAUUUCUUACAAGACCAAUGACACCAGCUGGAAAAAGUACAAAGAGAAUGGCUUCAAGAAGAUUUUCCAAGGAAACUUUGACGAAUCCACGGCAGUGUACAACGAGCUGGAUCCCAUGGUAGAAAACAUCACCCACGUCAGAUUCUACCCACAGGACUACAACGGUAGCAUUGCUAUGCGUGUCGACCUGCUCGGGAAGUACAACCCACGGGAUGCCGAAUGGACAGAGUGGUCAUCUUGGACAUCGUGUCCGGUCACUUGCGGAGGUUCGUGGGAGACCAGGAACCGCACCUGUACCAACCCCACCCCGGCGUACGGGGGUGCAGACUGCCCCGCCUCAGAAGACGCUGAUGAGUCAAGAACCUGCAACACACAGCCUUGUCCAAUUGGUGGAAACUGGACCGACUGGGCCAGAUGGCCUUUCAUUGAUUGUUCCAUCAGUUGCGGGACAGACGGCAUCAAGCACAGGACCAGGACCUGUUCCAACCCCCUGCCCCAGUAUGGAGGGGCGGAGUGUACCAACCCUGAGUAUACAGAAGAGUUCCGGGCCUGUGAUGCAGCAAGCACUUGUACAGAUUGCUACGAGCCCCUUGGGAUGUAUGAUGGCAGGAUAGCUGACGCUCAGAUCAGUGCAUCUAAUGAGAGAUACAAUGAUACAAACCUUGCUGUUCAUUCUCGAAUAGAAAACACAGCCGCAGGCGCCCUCUGUUGGGAAGGAUUCCCAGACUUCAAUGUCACCGACUACGAGCUGACCUACGGCAUGACCAAUAGCUCCUACAACUUCACCGACUACUGGCUUCAAAUAGACCUCCUCACCCCCAUCAGCGUAUCAAUGAUCGGAGUCCAGGGCGGAGGAACCAUUGAAAGAUGGGUGACCUACUACAACCUCUCGUUGAGCACCGAUGGCGUCGAUUGGUAUGACUACCAAGAAGAUGGUGAAACAAAGACAUUCUAUGGCAACAUCGACAAGUCAACGAUCGUGCGGUCAACCUUGGACACCGUUCAAUCUGGCAUCACGAGCCUUCGCAUCAUCCCUGUAGCUUGGGAGGGUGGUGGACCGUGUUUGAGAGCUGAGGUUUACGGCUGUUUUGACAUUCAAACUUGCACCGAUGCUAAAGUAACCCCUACCACGUCAAAGGUAUCUUCAGCUGACCCCGAGUACGUCCUAGUUGACCUGGGGUCACUUCAAAGGGUCACUCAGAUUGACACUACUGCGAUCGGUAGCAGUUGGAUAGAAGAGUACUAUGUCUACUUCAGCCACAAUGAUUAUGAUUGGGUGCUCUAUGUUGAAGAUGGAAAAAGAAAGGACUUCAUUGGAAACCAUGACGGGACGACCGUGGUGACAAAUGCUAUCUUGAAUCCCUUCCACGCGCAAUAUCUGAAAGUGGUGCCCUUAGCCGUCGAGUCCAGUAUGACCGAAGAUGUAGAGAUUUACACGUGUUCCCAGGCCACCGUCUCCCAAGACGCUGCUCCUGCAUCCUCAGUAUGCUUUACACCUUUUGGCUUUGCCGACCACACCUACAACAAUACCGACGCCUUCACCGUCAGCUCCAUCUACCCCUCGCUCAACAACACCAGCUUCCUCCCCGAGUACGCCCGUCUCCACAACCCUAGCAACCCCGCAUCCGGUCUCCAAGGAUGGGUGUCCGCGGACCUGAGCACCGAGGCCAACUACUCCUCCAUCGAUCAGUUCUUUGAGCUUGACUUUGGCUACAGGAUCACGUUGACUGGCCUUGCGCUUCAGGGCGUGCUGCUGGAGAACGGGAGCUACGCGACCUUCGACCACUUCAGUCUGUGGUACAGUGAGGAUGCGGCGGACUGGAAGGCCAUGACGAAGAUGGGAAGCAAGGAUGUUACAAUUCUUGACGGCCCUACCGACGGGGACAUGGUUGUCCUUCAUGAGUUGACCGAUGACCUAGACGAUGACACACGACCUCUUGACCUUCGCUACCUGCGCAUCAAGUCAGAAUUCAACACCACCAGCUCGGUGGGGCUCAGGAUGGAGCUCUAUGGCUGCAAUGCAAGGGUUGACACUGUGUGCCCCGAAGGAUGGUCUUUUUUCCAGACCUCUUGUUACAAGGUUUAUACCGAGGGCAAGUCACGUCAAGCUGCCAAGAAGACCUGUACAAACGAGGGUGCGCACCUUGCCACUAUCACCAGCAUCGAUGAACAGAAGUUCCUGCGAAAGUUUGUACGUGCCUUCGACAUGAGCGAUUACAACAUUGGCUUCCGACGCUACUGGAAGACGUUCAAGUGGAUCGAUGCCACGUUCGUUGUCUACACCUCCUGGGCAUCGGAGCAGCCGUCGUACGAGAGAUACAAGAAGUGUGUUGCACUGUCAAAGGAAGAAGAUGGCCUCUGGGUGUCGGUGGACUGCGAUGAUAAGAUUGGUUUCGUCUGCGAGUUUGAAAGAGAUUCAACGGACAUCUUCAGCUGUGGCGAGAACACCGUCUCCCUCCAUUGCCAUGACAACCAGAAGGUCAACAUCACCGGCGGUGACUGGGGGCGGACCAUGGACUGGGAAGUGUGCCCUCAGGAGUCCACUUUCAGCGCAUCGGACACGCCCUGCUCCGCCCUCGACACGCCCUCCCAGUCUGCCAUCGAUGAUUUUGCCGAGGAGUGCAGUAACGUGACGCACUGCUCGUUGCUCGCGGAUACAAGCACGUUGGGCUACCCUUGCUCUACCUCUGAUAUGCAUCUGCAUCUUAACCUGACGUACACAUGUGUGGAUUACAUGAAGUAUGCGCGAGCUUGUGAGGGCGACUUCUUGGAGAUCUCCUGCCCCGCGGUCGACGAGGUUAUCCAUGUCAUGGACGCGAUGUACGGCCGCACGCUCGACAACUCCGUCUGCCCCGGCCCGGACCGUUACGCUCCAACAAACUGCACCCUCGGCAAGAGCAUCAGGGAUGUACGAACGUACUGCGAGGGCCAGCACUCCUGCAAGUUUGCCAUCGAGGUGGAAGCGUUCAGUUCAGACCCUUGUGAGGGCGUGGCGAAAUACCUGGAUGUGAAUUAUACAUGCGUGUCAUCAGCUCCGGUCAUUGACGAUGAAUACACUUAUCGGGGAGACUGUGAGGAGGGCUGGUCCAAGCAUGAUUCCCGCUGUAUCAGGGGAUUCCCCAAUCAGAACAGCACGUUUCAUGAGGCCGAGGAGAAAUGCAACAAUCUCCACGGCCAUCUAGCUGGUGUGCCUGGUGAUCAUACACAGGGUUUCUUGGAAGGGUUGAUGACGGACUACUCAGACACUCACUUCUGGAUCGGUUGCGUUAAGACGAAGAACAACACCUGCCGCUGGAAGGAUGGUAUCGGACACGUCUUCACUGACUUCACGUCCAGCUACGUCUCUGAUGGCAGGCAACGAUGCAUCCACCUGAGCGCCGAUCACGACUUCAAGUGGGAAGAUGCUAGGUGUACCGACAGGAAUGCUUACAUCUGUCAACAAGACUGCGUGCUAGCCUUCGGCAUGGCCGACAAGACCAUCCGCAAUGACCAGCUAGAGGUCAGCUCCACCAAGAUGCUGUCCAGCUUGGACUCCUUCAAGUGGGACGGACGACUUCACGACCCCUACGGAGCAUGGGUGGCAAGCGAUAAGGAAACGCAGCAAUGGUUCCAGGUUGAUUUUGAACGUGUAAUGAGGGUGAGGAAGUUUGCUACACAGGGCCAUCCUCGUUAUGACUACUGGACCUCCCGCUAUGCUCUGGACUACACCGUCAAUGAUACCCUGGACGAUGACGGGUCGUGGAACGCUUAUGAGGAAGAGGGAGAGAAGAGGAUCUUUGUUGGUAACAAUGACAGCAGCACGGUAGUCUACCAAUACCUGACCCACUUCAUGUAUGCUCGCUACAUCCGUCUUCUACCUCUGAACUGGACCAACGAGAUGUCUCUUCGUCUUGAGGUGUAUGGGUGUUUCUUGGAAGACGAGAAACCAGAGGUACUGGAGGUGAUCAACUCCACCAAACUCCACUACGAGUACAACGGCACCAUCCAAUGCCUGUCCUUUGGUAUGCCCCUCCCCAACAUUACCUGGAUCCGCGACGGUUACGACUACGAAGGCAACGAGAAUGCCACCAUCGUCACGUAUGCCCUGGACGAACACCACGUCAUCUCGGAGAUCCGCUUCCAUCAGCUCUGGGACGAUCGCGGCUAUUACACGUGUGUCGCCAAGAAUCAGCAUGGCAGCGAUCAAAAGUCAUUCUACAAUCACAAAGGUACGCCAAUUAACGAGGGAGGCAAGAUAAAGUGUGAUGAUGAGGAUCUUGAGCUGCAGUGCCCCGUAGGAGAAUAUAUCCAGAUCACAGGAGCAUUCUACGGCAGGAUGCACAACGAGAAGUGCAUCAUAUACGAUGAUCACUACCCUACAGAUUGCGAGUAUGAUCCCGACACGGUCCUGUAUCGCAUGCAGCGCCAGUGCGACAAGAAGGAGCACUGUGUCAUACACACCAGCGAGGCCAUGUUUGGAGCAGUAGGGGACAAUUAUACACUGUGUGAUGGCUUCACUAAGUAUAUCAACAUGACUUAUGAAUGCAUUGGCUACGACUGGACUGAGUGGUAUAACACAGACACUCCUGCAGAUGGUAUUGAAGAUGAGUCGCAUUACAGUAUUUACAAGAUGAGCUCCAAUCUGUGUGCCGACCCCCAGGACGUAGAAUGUCGUCAGGCCAGCGACGGUCAGUCCCACUAUGCUCUCGGACAAGUCCUACAACGCCCCUGCUCCCUCAACAACGAGGGCGGGCUGCUGUGCAACGAUGAUGACCAGAGUAGCGGGACGUGCAAGGAUUACGAAGUCAGGUUUCUGUGUCCUGGAGAGGAGCUGGGUAUCUGGGGCCAUGAGAAGGCCUUGGAGUGUGAUGAUGAGAACCUAGCGAUCGCCUGCCAGGCAGACUACUCCAUCAAGAUCCAUAAAGCCUUCUAUGGAAGAAAGGAAGAAGGUCUUUGCUCGGUUGGGAACAACUACACUUAUUCCUUGGACUGCGAACUGGACCAGGAACAGGUCCUGAAGAUGGUCCAGAAAAACUGUGACAACAAGCAGACCUGUCGCCUCAACGUGGAGUUUGCCACCGUCCUGUCGGACCCGUGUCCAGAGCAGCCUAAGUACCUGGACGUGAGGUUCAGCUGUGAAAGAUACAGGAGUGACUUUGCCCGAGGGAAGGCAGCCAACAUGAGCAGCCUCUCGUCGUCUGCCGAGGUCGUCAACACCACCACGGACUACAUCCUAGAGGUGGACUGCUCGGAGGGUUGGUGCACGCAGUCCGCCGACGAGUAUGAACCCUGGUGGGUCGUCGACCUCCAGGCGACCUAUGACAUCAAUGUCGUCACUGUCUACACCUGUGAUGAUGCCAGCUCUGCAGCCACACUGGACAAUUUCCAGGUCCGUAUCGGCAACAGUACCGACAUCAACUUCAACGAGGAUUGCGGCGACACUGUGUCUUCCGCCCAAGCAGGGCCGAACGCAGUGUUCUGUAAUCACACCAUGAGAGGGCAGUAUAUCAGUAUUCAGCUCGUUGGAAGAACAGACGCCAUACAGAUAUGUGAAGUUACAAUCCAACACCUGGGACCUUUCCCAAUAAAAGCCAUGGCCUGUGACGACCAGCUCCUGGAGCUUUCAUGCGCAGUCAAUGAGAUCGGCUACCUCAAGAUUGAGAAUGUCUUCUAUGGCCGCAGAGAAGAUGGGAAACACUGCCCUCACAGAUGGUCAAAUCACACGUACGAUACAGACUGUGCUGCAGACAUCGACACACUGGUCAAUCUGGUGAAGGAGAAGUGUGAGAAUGAACGACAGUGCAGCGUAGACGUGACCUCUGACAUCCUUGACUCGCUGUCGGCCGAUCCAUGUCAGGGAGAGCUCAAGUACCUGGAGGUGGAAUACACCUGUCACAAAUUCCUAGAAGGAAACAACACCCUGUCGUCCACAUACGCAGUGUGCAGAGAGGAAGAUCUUCAGAUUGCCUGCUACGGCAGUAACCGCUUCAUUGAGAUCACCAGUGCCUCUUACAAACCUGUCACUGCUACCUCUCCAUCCUGGUGUACUGAAUCACCAUCUGAUAACACGGUAGCCUGCUCUAGCCAGGACGUCAAGGGUGUCGUAGGUGCGAACUGUGACAACAAGGUGACCUGCACUGUGCGUGCUGAUGACUACUUCCUAGGAGCCACGCCCUGCACCACCCACAGGAUGCAACUUGAGGUUACAUUUGAUUGCAAAGAUGAGCUCCCAUCGGGAGAGAUAUCUCUUAUCGGAUGUGAGGGUCUUGAUGCGGAGCUAUCUCUCUCGUGUCCCGACGGAACCUACAUAUCCGUCAACGAUGCAUUCUACGGACGCACCCAGGUCGGUAGCUCAUCCUACGUAUGUCCCGCAGCCGAUGGCAACGACGAUAUUACCAAUUGUCGGUCAAGCGACACGCAGGCCAUUGUCGAGUCAUACUGUCAGGACCAAAGAACAUGCAGUAUUCCGGUUGAUGGAAGCAUUCUGACCUCAACUUACCCCUGCUCCAGCAUAUCCUCCAAGUAUCUACAAGUUGACUAUGAUUGCCUGGCUGGGCGUCCGAAAAAUGAUUUCACCAUGUACGCAUGUCAAGAUCACGAUGAUUUAUCAGUAGAAUGUCCAGUGGAUUUCCCACAUGUUAGGAUCAUUGAGGCAGAGUAUGGAAGAACCGAAGGAGAUCAAUUCCGUUGCGCCUACCGGGAGAACCUCCCAUCUUUCACCUCGUUCCAGGGGUGCGACACGCCCGGAGUUCUGACCGAAGCUCGCUCUCUCUGCACCAACGAGAGGAACUGCACAGUGCCCAGCCAUUGGAAGUACUAUGUCAACCAGGAGCCCUGCGUAGGAACGUACAAGUACCUCAGGGUCACCUACAGAUGUCUCAUGGGUCCGAUUGACUACACCCGGGGCUCCCGCUGGUUCUUCGUCAACCCCUACCACGACCUGAAGAACUACGUCCUCUCCAACCACCUCCUGGGAAGCUACAAGGUCCGCAACUUCCUGGAAUGCAUCAACAAAUGUCUGGAGGACACGGACUGCGUGUCGUUCAACUACAAGGAUGUGUGGACGUCGAACGGUUAUCCUUGCCAGCUGAGUGACAUGAUCGUCGCGGAGGUGCCUUACGACUUUGGCUUUGCCAGCGGGUUUGAGUAUUAUGAGAAAGAUUCGUAUAGAGAACGGUAGUCUAUGUGGUUGUACAGUUCCGAUGUAAUUUAUAAACCUUGCUUUGUUUAAUAUUCAUGUAUAAAAAAUGUUAAGUUUUUUGAGACUUUGGUCAAGAACUUGAGUUUCAAGAGUUACGGCCGGUAAAAUUGUUGAGGGUCUCGAUUUAUUGUUAAUAUGAAAAGUGUAUAUGGAUUAACUAUUUUGUGUUUGUUGAUAUUUGCCAAAUUCAUUCUCCUGUUGUUUUGUCUCAAUUUCAAUGAUUAUGUGAAUAUAAAUGUAAUUGGUCUUUCUAAAAUGAAACAAUUUACUAAAAAAAAACAUGCUUUUAAAGAUUUUGGCCCCUAACCUACUAUGGAUUUCAAUCAGAUUUGGUGUUUGGGCCUGGUUUAAGAACUUCAACCAAGUUUUUUAUUUUCUAAGCUUAAGCACAGCAUGUUGAUGAAAUAGAAUUGGGCCUUCAUGAACAAAAUAAGAAGGGAAAAAAGAAGAAGAAUCGAGUACUAGAUACUUCAAACAUGUCCAUAAUGCUUGAAGAAUUGUGUUUUGUAUUUGUCUUAUAUUGAGAUUAUAGAUUUAUCUGAAAUCUAAGUUGUUCUUUCUGACCUUCUCUGUUAUUUUAAGGUAAUAUGAAAAUGUACUGUAAACAUCUUGUUAAUAAUGUGCAAAAUGUAGAUUAUAUUACAAGACCUAUGUCAUGAAAGUAUAUCCCCAUCGGUCUGUUAGGAUUCUUUGAACAGAAUUUAACAAGCUACAGGCAUUUCACUGAAUUUAUUCUCUAUACAAAAUAAAGAUUUGAUGUAAUUUAUAUAUUCUGUGCCUUGAUAUCAAAGAAUUGCAUUAUCAUAUCGUUGAGUCUUUAUGUCUUUACUUGUGAUCAAGGAGUAGUUUCUCGAAACUAUCAUAAGGCAAAAUUCUUGGACAUAACAUUGAAAAUUGUGCUAUAGAAUUAAGACAUGUUUCUGUGGGAUGUCCACAAAGGGUUUUGAGAAACUGGCCCCAAAUGUAUAUCUUGUAAAAGUAUUUUUUGUUAUGGAUUUCGACUUACUUUCUGAUUGUUUUGAAUCCGUAAGCAGUAAAUGUAAAACAAUUAUGAAAGUCAAUAUAUGUUUUAUGCAGAUUGGGAAUCAUAUUUGUAUAUGAAAAUAUAUGUUUAAAUUGUAGAAUUGUGGUACAAUAAAAUAGAGGAUAUUUAUCAGUUAUGAAAUGUA